AUGAUUUAAUAAAGUUCUAAUUCGGUCAAUCUUUAGAUUGAACCGUGUAUCCUGUAACUAGAGCACUGAUUAUUCUGAGACUGAGAUUUGUAGAGAGGUCAUAGGAGUCAUGAAGUUAUAGGACGUUCCAAUCAACCGGAGCUACAAAAUGACUAGAUGAGAUAGAUAUACUACUGAUGGGAGCACCGGAAUCAGGAAAAUCAACAUUUCUCAAACACAUGAGAAUUAUUCACAAGAGUGAUUUCAGCCUUGAGGAACGGUUAAUGUUUAAACCAAUUGUUUACGCAAACAGUAUUCAGUCAAUUUCUCUAAUACUUCAUGCUGUUGAGAGACUUGGGAUAGAUCUGGAUAGUGAGGAGAGUGAAUACAAUGCCUAUGUAUUCUACCAACUACUUGAAGAACAGACCUCGCAUUCCCACACUCUUGUUGAGGAUGUAAAAGUCACCAAGGAUUUGGCAAAGGUUAUAUCGCAGCUGUGGAAAGAUACUGGAGUCCAGGCUGCGUUCUUGAGAUCAAACGAAUACAAUCUCUCAGAUUGUGCCAAAUAUUUCCUGGAUAAUGUGGAGAGAUUGGGUCAGAACUCCUAUAUUCCAACCACGGAGGAUAUUCUACACUGUAGGAUCAAAACCUCAGGAAUUGUCGAGGUCAAAUUCUUCAUCAAGGAUAUGGUGUUCCGAAUCCACGAUGUCGGGGGACAAAAAUCUGAGAGAAGGAAAUGGUUGUACUUAUUCGACUGUGUUCAUGCGGUUGUGUUUUGUGUGAGUUUAACUGAGUAUGCUCAGAAGUCUGGAGCAGAUAUUAACAAGAUGCAUGAGUCGAUUAAGCUAUUUAAUAUGAUAGCAAACAGCAGAGUGUUUUUUGAUGCGAGCAUAGUUCUCUUCCUCAACAAAACUGAUCUUUUCGCGGAGCUCUGUAAAAGGGUUCCUUUGACGACUGCGUUCCCCGACUAUACGGGUAAACGGAACUAUGAGGAGAGUAUUGAGUUUGUCAAAGCUAGAUUCAAGGAACAGAGAAAACAGGAAAUAUUUAUCCAUCUACUGUGUGCUACGGACAUGACAACAGUUAGAUCUGUGUGUAACAGUAUAACAGAUAUGCUUAUCAAGAACUUUCUCAAGGAUUGUGGAAUAUACUAGAAAUCCUGGACGCUCUGCACCCCUCUAGGAAAAGACUGCAGUAUUUACUUGGAGCAUAUAGAGUACAAGUAAUCUGCGGAGCCCACCCAGCUCUAUUCAAGAAUUGCGUAAAAUACUAACAAAAAAUCCACUUUUCUAAAUUACAGUUUAUGGAACAGAAUUGAGGAAUAGAAAGACGACUGUUAGACUCAAGUUUUUGUUCAAUUAAUAGAAAAAGACAUUAACUAUGAUUUCUUAAAUGUCGUCUUCCUAUUUCUCUUUAUAACGAGUCCAAGUUUGUAUAACCUUGGACGGGUCUAAUCUUAUUAAAAAAAAUAGCUAAAGAAAACUAUUUUGAAUCACAUCAGGGCUUGUCUAUGUUAACAGAUUUUUUUUUUUAAACCAUUGAAGGUGCAAUGUAAAAAGCCAUUUUGGUUUGCAAAACAGAAAACUAACUAAACAAUUCAAUUAAGAUUGAGAAAAUUAUUGUGAAAUUUGAUAAACAAAGCCCCCCGCCCCCCCC